AUGUGCGUGGCUCUAUACACGUUUGCACAUUUCUCAGUAAAUCUGUCGUUUUCUCUGAUUGAACUGUUGCCGCUAUUGGUUCCUUGCAUUUAUGCUGAACAAGUCUGUGGCGAAGUACGGAUCCUCAAAGAUCUUAUUUCUAGCAGACUAUAUGAGAAUACAUUGGACAAAUCAAGCCGAAGUUCCGCUCGUUCGUUGCUUACUCUGAUAGAAACGCGUAAUCUAUCAUUUUCUCUCUUCCACAUGUUUGAUAUCGACAUCGCGCUACCCUUCAAGUUUUUGGGAUUACUGCUUACAUAUUUGAUCAUAAUGCUUCAGUUUGACAAAGUUAUUAAUCCGGACUAAUAAAAUAAUGUAAUAAAUCAUCUCUCUUAA